GACAAUAAUUUCAUAAUUUUCAACACUAAUGUAUUGUAAAUAAAAAUGAUUCGAAUGAAAAAAUAUGACCAGAUUUUCAUUCUGGUCAUAUCCAUAUUAUUCAUCAUUUUCAUCGAUAAUAAAUGUUCAUCGGACAAAAUUGGUUGUCCAAAACGUUGCAAUUGUUUCUCAACCGUUGUUAAUUGUGCUAAUAAAGAAUAUCGAAUUAUACCCGAUUUGCCCACAUGGACCGAAUCAUUAUAUAUGAAUGAUAAUCCAUUGGAAACAUUUUCAUCACAUGCUUCACCAUUGAUAAUAUCACCAAAUAAUUUAACAUUCAUCGAUUUGACACGUACUCGUUUAAGAUUUGUUGAUUCGGAUGUUUUAACAACUGUUUUCAAUGAUGUUCAUUAUAUACAGAAAAGUUUAACAAAUAUUCAUUUCAAUGAAAAUGAACUUACACAAUUUCCAUUGAUUAAUUAUGCAAAUAAUUUACGUUCAUUAAGCUUGGCGAACAACAACUUGAAUUAUGAUUCUAUUCAACGAAUCGACAUUUCAUUCAUAUAUCCUCAUCUUGAAUAUCUUGAUCUAUCGGAUAAUUUAAUCAAAAUCAUACCGAAACAUUUCCUUUCCUCAUCUAUAAUGUCCAAUCUUACUCAUCUAAUAUUGAACAACAAUGACAUUGAAACCAUCGAAGAAGAUGCUUUUGAAUUGUUUCCAAAUUUAAAAGUAUUAAAAAUUUCCAAAAAUAACAUCCAAAUAAUUUCAAAAUCAUGGCUCGGUAGACUUAUUCAUCUAAGAGAACUUGAUUUAAAUUAUAAUCAAAUCGAUAAAAUCGAUAUUCUUGCUUUUGAAGCUUUGGAAUCAUUGAUAUCGUUGAAAAUGCGUCGAAACAAAUUGAACAAUCUUGAUGAUGGAUCAUUUUGGGGCCUAUCUAAUUUACAGAAAAUUAAUCUAGAUCACAACAAUAUCAGUGAAAUUAAGGAAGGUUGGAUUUAUGGCCUAGAAUCAUUGAAAGAAUUCAGUAUCAAACAUAAUUCGAUUAUAAAAAUUGGUGACAAUGUAUGGAAUUCUCUUCGUAGUUUGAUCGAAAUAAAUCUCAACUUUAAUCGAUUACAACAUAUUCGAUUGAAAACAUUCGAUAAAUUAAGCUCAUUACAAACAUUGAAAUUAUCCAACAACAACAUCUCUUACGUUGAUGAUAAUUCUUUUCGAUCGUUGAAGAAUCUAGAAACAUUGGAUAUGUCUUACAACAAAUUAUCAUGGACAUUAGAAGGAUCCAGUGGAUUUUUUAACGGCCUUGGACAUUUAAAAGAAUUACGAUUGAAUAAUAAUCAAAUACGUUUAAUCUAUAAACAUACGUUCAAUGGAUUAUCAAGUCUUUCUAUGCUCAAUCUUACCGCUAAUCCAUUAUCAUCAAUUCAAAAAGAUUCAUUUCAAUGGUUCAAUAAUUUAAACAGAAUUCAUCUAGAACAAGUGGAUUUACUUUGUGAUUGUACGAUGAAAUGGCUUAAUGAAUGGUUACAAGCUAAUCAAAUACGGCGACAAUUUGCCCGAAAAAUUCAUUGCAAACAUCCACAUGAUCUUGCCAUUCGAACAAUUAAUUCAUUUUUAGACAUUAAACCAGAAGAAUUUAAAUGUCAAGAUUUUCUCAAACCAUAUUUGAUCGAAGAUUUCAAGAAUUUAACGAAACCAAUAGCAGCAAUUAAGAAUCAAGAAAUACGAUUCAAUUGUAAAGUAGCAACCAGUAGUAAUGAUAAAAUUAUAUUCAAAUGGUUCAAAGAUAGUCAAUUGAUUGAACAUGACCGUGCCAUAAUGGAAAACGUUGCACAACCAUAUUCCGAAAAUGUUACUCACUAUACCAGUAUAUUACAUUUGGUCAAUAUACAAGAUGAAGAUCAAGGCAAAUAUCAUUGUAUGGCAUCAAAUAGCUACGGAAGUGUAUAUUCUCAUAAAUUCUCAGUCAAUGUCUAUGUUGCUCCUUAUUUCAUUAAACGGCCACAUAAUGUAACAGUAAGAGUUGGACAUACAGCUAAAUUAGAAUGUGCUGCCAAAGGUCAACCGGGUCCAAUUGUUUCAUGGCAAAAAGAUGGUGGUGACAAUUUUCCGGCUGCUAUGGAACGUCGAAUGCAUGUCAUGCCUGCCGAUGAUGUAUUCUUUAUUGUUGAAGUUAAAAAAAGUGAUAUGGGUUCAUACAGUUGUCAUGCAACCAAUGAUGCUGGUUCAAUCGUUUCAACGGCCUAUCUGAAUGUAAUCGAAAUUCCAUCAUUUGUACGAAAAAUGGUGGAUAAAAAAAGUCAAAUUGGAUCGACUGUUUCAUUGGAAUGUAUGGCUGCUGGUAUUCCGAUUCCACAAAUUGUCUGGUUCAAAGAUGGCCAUAUGUUACAACCAACUGAUCGACAUUUUUUCACCGCUGAAGGACAAAUAUUAAUUAUUGUUAAAUCUAAACCAUCUGAUCAAGGCCUUUAUUCAUGCAAUAUUUCAAACACUUAUGGAACGACUAGUGAUUCAUCAUAUUUAGAAAUCAUAACAAUUUCGGAAAGAAAUUCAGAUGAUUUUAUCGCUUCAUAUGUUUAUAUGAUACGUAAACAUUCAUUAAUUGUUAUUGCUGUUUUAAUCUGUGUUGUUAUCACAUCAUUGGCUUGGAUCGCUGUCAUUUGUUACAUUCGUAAAAAACACAACUCGGAUUUGAUGAAAACAUAUGAAAACAAUCCAAAAUCCGGAAAUCUUUGUUACAUGGAAUCGUCAACGAAUUUUGAUCCAAUAUCUAAAUCUACUGAAUAUGAAUCGGAUUUUUAUUCCGAUUCAUCUUCUGCAUUGGAUACUGGUAUUGAAGGAAGCUGUCAAUCGAAUGAAGAGGGAAUCUUCAGAGAAUAUAAUUCAUUACCAAGAAAAAAUUAUCCAAUUCCAAUCAAUUCUGCACUCAUACCGAUUCGAAACACAAAUUCAUUACCACGUAAUAAUUAUAAACAUUUUGUUAGUUGUCAACAAAUUCAUUCACCACCCGUUCUAUCAUCAAAAGCUGAAAGAAUUCGUAUUAAAAAAUUAAAACAGGAAAUUCUAAACAAACAUCGAAACAAUUUACCACCAGAUAUGUCCAAUGAUGAUAAUGAUGAUGAUAAUUUUUAUCUAGGAAAUAUUCAGAUGGCCGAAAGACAGCCAUCAUUAUAUCAUUAUCAGUCAAAAAUAUCGCGAACAUUUUCAAAUAGAGACAUUGUUCGAUAAAACAAUAACA